AUGCCUUCCGACGUCAAGCAGCAAGACAUUACCGAGAAGAAUGACCCCAGUGUCAUGAGACAGUGGGAUGAAGCCGACUUCUCCACCAAGUUCGAAGAGUUCUACAAGAUUGUCGAUGGCCUCAAGAUUGGUCUCCUAGGCACAUACCGUCCUGGUGUCGGUCCCGUCACACGCUCCAUGGCACUCGCCAAGCGCACCGGCCCGGACUUCCUCUUCCUUUCCAACAACCACUCCCAAAAAUUCAAGGACAUCGAGGCAGCCAAAGAAGUCAACGUCUCCUUCCAAGACACAAAGACUCAAGAUUGGAUUUCGGUAUCCGGAACCGCCACCACUUCAAACAGCGAUCCUCGUAUCAAGGAGAUCUGGAGCAGAGGUGCUGCAGCUUGGUUUGGUGACCUCGGCGAUGGUGUCCACGAUGGUUCGGCCGAUGACCCGAGAAUGAGUUUGAUCGAGGUAAAGAGCAAGUAUAUUUCAUACUACUCAACCAAGGUCGGCGCAGUCGGUUACCUCAAGGAAGUCGUUGCCGCCAACGUCACCGGUGGAGUCGCCAACACUGGAAACCUCAGACAGAUGAAGGAGGACGAGAUUGCAAAGGCCAGAAAGGAGCACUCUGCCAUGAGCUCGUAA